UCUUUUAGUUAUGAUCUGUUUCAUAGGUUUUAGUCCAGAUAGCUUGUUAUCGGGUAAAGCUGAUGAAUUUUUAACUUAUUGUUAAGUGAUUACCCUUAAACAGUGUCUAGAAUUUGUAAAAUUUUUAGGGGGUUUGAUUCGUGGUGGCAAUUUUAUUUGUAUCGUUGCCAAAAUUUGUAAUGUAGGUAUUUUUUUUGUGCAUUGACUGAUGUGUGAACAUGUAAGUAUGGCCUACACAAAUAAUUUAUGCCAUUAUCCUGGGGCUGCCAUUUAGAUCACACCUAAUGCCAUUUGUUUGAUCAGAAACUUCAAGGAGCUAUCCAAAGCAUUUCAGAGAGAAACACUUAGCAAGUUAUGAAUCUCUCUCCUAGAACAAAGUCAUGGAUCAGGGAAAAUAAGAGUUGUAUGAUGGAACCGAUCUUUUGUAUUGAAUAUUGAACCAACAUGUAUCAUAACAACAACAACAACAACAAGCCUUUAUCCCACUAAGUAGGGUCGGCUACAUGGAUUGCAAGACGUCAUUGUGCUCUAUCAUUUACUAAAUUUUUAAAAAUUUAUUAAUUAAGAGAUCGCGUUCAACAAUUUUCAAGAGUGUUCUCUUAAGCCUUCAUCUACCCUUCUUAAUAGGGCUCAAAGUUAUAUGUUCCACUCUUGUCACUGAUGCCUCUCGCGGUCUUUUUUUUAUAUAGCCAAACCAUCUCAAAUAAUUUUUUACCAUUUUUUCCUCAAUAGGUGCUACCCUCAAUGUUUCGCGUGUGAACUCAUUUCGAAUUUUAUCUUUACAUGUAUGUCCGCACAUGCAUCAUAACAUUCUCAUAUCUGCUACUCCAACUUUAUGCUCUUGCUAUCCCAUUAGGGCCCAGCAUUCAUUGCUAUAUAACAUAGCCGGUCUAAUAAUAGUACAAUAAAACUUUCCUUUAAGUUUAUUAGGCACCAUACGAUCGCAAAUAACUCCUUUAGUUUUUCUUUUAUUAAACCACCCAACUUGAAUCGUAUAUGAAAUAUCCGCACUGAUUUCGCUAUCAUUUUGAAUAAUGGCUCCCAGAUAUCUAAACUUUUCCACUUGAGGUAUAAUUUAAUCUUCCAAUUUCACUUCUAAAUUACUGUCGACUAGUUUCUUACCAAAUUUACAAUAUAAAUAUUCCGUCUUAUUCCUACUUAGACAGAAACCUUUUGACUCUAAUGUCCUUCUCCAUAACUCAAGUUUACAAUUAAUCUCUUCUUUUGUCUCUGCUAUAAGAAUUAUAUCAUCCGUGAAGAACAUACAUUUGAGAAUUUCCCCUUAAAUAUGUUCCGUCAAAACAUUUAGGAUCAAGUUAAACAAAUAAAAACUCAAAGAUGAUCCUGAUGUAAUUCAAUCUUUAUAGGAAAGUCCUUUGUUUAAUCACUAAACGUUCUUACACUAGUUUUUACCUCCUCAUACAUAUUUUGUAUGACUUUAAUAUAUAUCAUAUUUGAAUUUAAUUUAAUAUAUAAACCAACAUGUAUCAUAUUUGAAUUUAAUUGUGAAUGUUUUUGUGAGUCCGUAUAACGAGUCAGCACAUUUUUCAUUAAAAGGACAUGACUCUAGAAUUAAAACCACCAAGACCAAGAAAUAGCUUUGAAAUUUGAAAUUGUCAAUCACUUUCUGAUGCAUACACUCGAGCAGGUACCCAAUCGACCAGUUGCCAAUGAACUAGAAGCCACUUUGUUCUCUGAUGUCAUCUUUUCAAGUGGUUCCAUUAUUCCAUGUACCUGGUUGAAUGCUUGUUCACAGAAAUGACAAACCUUAAACUAUUUUACCCAGCUGACUGGAUCCUUUCACCACCUACUUGGACUGUUUGCUUACAAAAGUGAACGCUGAUUUUCUUUUACCACUCAGUCAACUUAUUAAAUUACCCACUUCACUGGAAGCCUAUUUAUUUUAUAUUUUCGCAUAGUUUUUCCAACCAUUCUCAGCACUACCACAACACAUUGCUGAUAGUUGUCCAACGCAUCUUGGGCAUCUGCUGACCAUGUCUUGACCUUGUACUGAACAAGGGUUGGACAUGAUUGUACCUGAAAAAGGGAAAACGACCUAAAAAACAGUAGAAAGAAAGACUGGAAACCUCAGCUUGAUGAGACAUGGGAAAUUCUUUCCUAGAUUCUUUUCCUAUACAGAAUAAUUUGAAUAAUUUUGGUCAAUACAUUUUUAUUUGGUAAAUUUCUUUAGGAGGAUAAUAAUGUAAGAUGCUUAGAAUGUAUAUAUUAUGUAUGUGCUGUGUUGUGUUUCAUGUUUUUACUUCAUAAAUAUAUUAAAUUAUUGUCUUAUAUUCUCAUGUCUCCAAGUGACACAUCUAGCUCCUUAACUUAUCUUGGUUUAGUCAUUGAAUAUAUAUCAUAAUCUUUAGUUUAGGCAAAAAUUUAUCAGACAAUUUCCAAUAUGCUUUCAAAUUGCCUGAGCCAUUCAAUGCCUCCCUUCAAGCCUUCUACAAACAUGAUGGUAGCUUUAGUGCCACCCAAGCACGUAAAAGCUACUUUACAUCCGCCUCAUUAUCAUUUUGCUCAUAUUGAUCUGUGUGUCAUAGGUACAUGAAGCAGAUUUGGUUAUUUAUUAUUUUUCCUUGUUUCAUGAUGGAUAUGAUUCAUGUUUGUGCUCCUGGUCUCUUCUGAUUGGCAUCUUCAUAUGGUUGACCCUUGGUGGCUUGGGUUCUUGAGUUAAUGAUUUUACAGGUUUGGAUGUUGGAAGAUAAAAACAUUCAAUUUAUAGCUUAAAGCAAUUUAGUGGAAGUGGCAUAAACAUUUAUGGUGAUUAUAUAUGGUUGAAAGGAUGCGGUAUCAAGAAAAUCAAGAAAAAUAAGAUGAAAAUCCUGAAGAAAGGAGAACUGAAUUUGCAGUGAUGAAAUAUGAAGUUCUCAGAAAACAAAAAAAAAAUUGCACAUGUUCUCUCUUUUUAUUAGCUGUUAGCAUCUCAAAGAUUUGGUGUAGGAAAUUAUAAUUUAUUUGUGUCAAUUACUAAAUGAGUUCCCUGGAAAUGCUGAUAAUUUGACACACAAAACUUGGCAAGACUUGUCACUGUCAGAGUCACACGUAAAAGCUAGGUAUCUAAAGCUGAAAACCUGAAUAUAGUUUUAGGACAAGCGACGUUCAAUUCAAUGUGAACUUCAUGACUUAUGAGACGAAUUUAAUUAAUUUACAUUUUACAUUUGAAAGCAAAUAAUUUGAAGAAUGAAGGUCACAGGAUAGUAUCAUAAUCCUUUGGAGGCAUGAAUCAACCAUUCAGAUAUAAAUAUGUACUUAAAGAUGAUGGCAAUUUUCUGGAAGAAAAAGAAAAGGAAGACCUAUCAAUUUGCACUAUUAGCUGUUUAGUGUGUUUUAGAUUUGUGGAAUAAAAGAUUUUUUGUGGCCAAGGUCUUCUUGCUGUAGAUGCAAUUAUGCCCUACUACAUGGCUGUAAUAUUUAAUGAAGCUCAUGCAUCAGUUUGCAGCUUUAUUGAAGAUCAGGAGUUAAAGCAGUUGUUGGAAAAAGAAAGAAAUCUUAGAACAGCAUGUGGAUAGGCUUUGACUAAGCUGGUGGAUGUUGAUUGUGUGUAUUAGAUGUUGUAAAUAUUAGAUUGGUUUCAUGCCAUGUUGAUUGGAAGGCUACUGAGAACAGCUAAGCAAGCAUGGCCAGUGGGCUUCAUCUUUGUAGGGUGGGGGUAUUUAAGAAGCAUCCAAUUUUAGUUAAAUCCUUUCCUACCUUCCACCCAAGUUUUCUAGACUGUGGUAGAAGAAGUAAGCUUAGACUGAUCUGUUGUGGAUUUCUGUACCUUGAAGUCACUAAGAAAAGGUUACACAUCUCAUUUUUAUUUUUUGUGUGAAUAUUGUCAUGAUUCUUCAAAUUUAGGAAAUGUUUGGUGGCCAAAAGGGCGAGGGAAUGGUAAUGGCAAGAAUGAAAAACGAGUCCUCAGUAAUGUUUACAAUAUCUAUUCUAUUAAUGUCGUUAUUUAUGCAACAGUGCUUAUUCUUCUGUUAGUUUUUCUCUUGGGAGUUAUGAGGGUCAUUUCCAUUUACAUCCUUGUUCCAUCAUCAUUUUUGUGCAUUAUAUUCUGCUCACCAAACAUCAGCUUACUGUCUUCUACUUACUGCCUUUUUCAUGAAAAACAAAACGUGCUGAGGUAAUGUGGACCCGUGCUAAACAGAGAAACGGUAACGGUGCUGAUCUGUUUUCUCUUAUCCCCCCUUAUUUUGGUGUGCUUUUAUGGUUGUCGGGGCUCAGUUGUGGCUCUUGUGGAUAUCCUCUGAACUUGACAUCCUCUAAUCGAAUCACAUCUGACAUAGGUUCUGAAUAUAAAAAAUCCAUAAAGAAAGGAUCAAUCUCAUUUGAUUCAGUGGAUCUCAGCCGGUUUACACAGGUUGAUAAAAUAAAUUGUUUUCCUAUCCCUUUUUGUGGUCAUCAUUCAAAGACUAAACUGCUUUGCCGCAAAUGUGGUGUUCAUAUUGGUUACGGAUAUAUAGACUCACCUGCACUUUGUGGAUUCAACCCAGCCAGUUCAUCUAGUUCCCGUAGGAAGUUCACUGUAAAGAUUCGAUCAUUACAGCCUUAUUCGGAGGAAUCUUAAAAGGGUUGGCAUGGAAGGUUUUACAUCAAUCAUGCACCUGCCAGAUGACUGCCUUGCCUUUAUUUUUCAUCGUUUAAAUAGUAGCAUUGAUCAUCAAUCAUUUGGCCUGACUUGCCGGCGAUGGCUCAAUAUUCAAAAUUUGAACCGUCGGUCAUUGCAGUUCCAAUGUUCAUUCACCAUAUUAAAUCCUCCCACAUUAUCUACGAAUCAUUUUUUCGUUCAAGCAUCCCAGCUCCAUCGGUUACUAAGCCGCUUUCGACAUUUAGAAUCAUUAUCUUUAUCUGGUUGUACAGACAUAACUGAUUCAGGAUUGACCUGCCUGCAAAGCUAUGGUUCAAAUUUGCAGAAUCUUCAUCUGGAUUGUUGUUCCAAUGUCACUGACUAUGGUCUAUCCUUGAUUGCUUGUGGUUGCCCCUUAUUGAUGGCAAUUAGUCUCUAUCGCUGCCUCAAAAUUACUGAUAAUGGGUUAGAGACUUUAGGUAACGGUUGCUUGUCCUUGAAACACGUGAACCUCUCUUAUUGUUCCCAAAUCUCUGACAAAGGAUUAGAAGCUCUCGUGCAGAAGUGCCGCCAACUUCAGGCAGUUAAGAUAUCAAACUGUGAUGGUAUUGCUGGUGUGGGCUUUGAAGGGUGUUCAGAAACUUUAGCUUAUGUGGAAGCUGAUUCUUGUAAACUAACGCCGGAAGGGAUAAAGGGAAUUGUUAGCGGUGGUGGACUAGUGUAUUUAAAUGUUUCCUGUUUAAGUUGGUCUCCUUUUGGAGAUCCCCUGGCAGGAAUAGGAUUUUCCUCAAACCUCAAAUUCCUAAACUUUCGGAUGUGCAGAGCUGUUUGUGAUGCAUCGAUUGGCGCAAUUGCCGAGGGAUGUCCGUUACUUCAGGAAUGGAAUUUAGCCUUGUGUCAUGAGGUCAAGCUAUCUGGGUGGCAAGCAAUUGGAUUAAACUGUCAGAAUCUGGAGAGAUUACACGUUAACCGAUGCCGCCAUCUUUGUGAUCUUGGGCUGCAAUCUAUACAGAAUGGUUGCAAAAGUCUAUCAAUUCUUUAUAUGAAUGGCUGUGUUCGCUUAUCAGCUACAGCAAUAGAGUUAUUUAAGUGUUAUAGAGCUGAUGUUCAGAUAAAGGAAGUAGAGAUAAUGAGUAUCAACCCUAACUGGGAAUACAGAUUAAAUUCUUGAGCUUUCAAGAGAAGAAUUUGCAAACAAUUAUGUUUUAACAUUAUUUUGUUUGGAAAGAUCUUUACAUAGAAAUGUCUCAGACUUUUGUGAGUGUU